GCUCAAUAUGACAGUGGCGGUGCAAGGCAGGCAGGGAUUGAUGCACAUAAAUAGCCGUCCAAUCCCAGAGCAGGAAGAGGGAACAAGAGGCAGGCUGGCUGGUAAAAAGCAAUGGGAAAAAAAGCAGAGGAAAAGGUGAAAUCGCAACCGAGGCGCAGAGGAGAGUGAGGAUGAGCGGAGGAGAGAGCGUCUCUCAGUGACGUCUCCAGAGAGGAAGGAGAUGAGCGAGGAGAGGUGGGUGAGCAGCCAGCACAGAGAACAUCCAUCACAUGAGGCAGCCAUGCUCUGAGGAGGGCAAGAGACACACAUGCCGAGCAGAAGCAGCAGGCCUCGCUAGCAGCUGGGAACACAACAACAAGAGUGGAUGACAAGCAUGAGGACGUCCAGGAAGGGAAGUGUGGAGAUGCCUGCGUUUGUGCGCCAGCUGGUGAAAGAGACAGAAAAGCGAGUCAGCUCCUUCUUCAAGGGGAGCCGAGGAGGAGCAGCAGAAGGGGAGCAGCCCGGGGAGGGGGAGAAGGAAGAGGUCAUCCCCAGUCCUUACCUGGAUCGGCCAGUACUGGACAAGCUAACUGAGGAGGGCUGUGCCCGCUGGGGUCUCACCUAUGCCCUGGGAAGCAUGCAAGGCUGGAGGGCCAACAUGGAGGACUACCACAACUGUGUACCUCAGCUGGGGGGGGAGCUGGCCGACUGGAGCUUCUUUGCCGUGUUCGACGGUCAUGCGGGAAACACGGUGGCUCAACACUGCUCUCAGCAUCUUCUGGGUCACAUCCUGGCCACAGGUGGACUGAGGCCCGAGGAUGACCCUGACAAGGUGAAAGGGGCCCUAGCAGAGGCCUUCCUGCAAGCAGACAAGCACCUCCUCUCUGUGGCCCGUCGAGAAGGCUGGGAGAGAGGUGGCACCACUGUCGUGGCCGCCCUCAUCUCACCGUAUUACAUCUACUUCGCCAACUGUGGGGACUCAAGGGCCAUGUUGUGUCGCUCGGGUCAAGUGUGCUUCUCCACUGAGGACCACAAACCUUACAGCCCUCUGGAGAAAGAGCGCAUUGAGAGUGCCGGAGGCUCCGUGUCACUCCAACGUAUCAAUGGGUCUUUGGCCGUCUCUCGUGCUUUGGGCGACUUCAGCUACAAGGGGGCGGAGAACCGGUCGCCCAGUCAGCAGAUGGUCUCACCUGAGCCCGAAGUGUGCGUCAUGGAGCGUUCACCAGCUGAUGAGUUCCUAGUGCUGGCCUGCGAUGGCGUGUGGGACACUAUCAGCAACGAGGACCUGUGCGCCUUCAUCCACAACCGUCUGCACGUGUGCACUGACCUGAGGGAUGUCUGCUCGCAGGUCAUUGACCUCUGUCUCUACAAGGGCAGCUUGGACAACAUCAGCAUCAUCCUACUGUGCUUCCCUGGCGCCCCCCAGCUGUCCACCGAGGCAUUACACCAGGAGGCUGAGCUAGAGGACCUGCUGGAGUCCAAAGUAGCAGAGAUUUAUGAUGAGCUGUGUGCCGGAGGGGAGGAGCCGGAUUUGCUGUCUGUCCUCACAGUCUUGGCGUCCACUGUCAUCCCUGGAUUACCACCAGGGGGCGGCAUACAGAGCAAAAGAAACUGCAUUAUCUCAGCUUACUACCAACAAAGAGACAUGCACAAGCCAAAUGGAGUGGAAGACUCCUGAGAAGGCAGCCUGGGUAAUGUCUACGAAGGGAUUGUAAUUAAUGUCAACAUGAAGUGUUUUAUUCAUACUUUGAAACGGUCAAAAAGGGAGAUAGUGAGCAGCGUCUGUUUACAUCAUUCUAGCAAAGCAGCACUUUGUCCUAACGACUACAAUGCAAAAGUGGUAAAGCCUGAUAGGUUCUAUAUUUGUACCAGAAGGACAUUUUGUAAGACUUAACUCAGCGACACUGACCCAGCAACAAACUUCUGCCUCAUAUUCAGUGAACAGAAGAUCCAAAACUGAAUAUCAGCAACUGUGAAAGAAUACGUUUUCAAUACAGUUUGAAGAGCGUGAGUAUUUGUAGCACUGUAGGCACAUUUGAAGCUUAUGUUUGAUGAAAAAGUGCUGAUUCAUCGAUGUUGAGCAAAGCUGGUGUCCGUUUGUUUCGAUAGGAAAUGCUAAUAGAGUAAUGCUAUUUUGCUUAGCUGUAGGAUAGGCCCAAACGUUCCCUUGUCCUACCUUGUUUGGAAGGAAGUGAUCUAAUCUAAUAAUGUGAAGAAGAAAAAAACAUUUCACGGAUUAUAUUUUCCUUUUUUUUUUUGCUUUUCUUUGUGGGUUUAACUUACUUAAAUACGUGCAAAAAGCUUUAUUUGGAUGAAUGUGUGGUAAUGUUUGCUCGAAUAAGUGAAACAUGUUGUAGUUUGUAUGAAAGAGUAGUGGAGCAACAGGGAAAAUACAAAACGUAUACAGUCGUCCCUCGGUUAUUGUGGUUAAUUGGUUCCACACCCAACUGCGGUAAGAGGAUUUCUGCCAAGUAGGAUUCAGUGUUAAUAAAUGGAAUAUUUUCAUAGUUAGAGCAUAGAGAAUUUUUUUUACCAUUAUUAGAGUCAUGUAGAUAUGACAUAACACCCCUAUAGUCACCUUUACACUCAUAUUAUUCUUUGUUUACAACUAGCGAACUAACUAGUUAGCCUCUAAUUUAUUUUAUCUAAGUCUAAGAAAGGGUUUCAAACGAAGUGGGGUAGAAAGACAAAAUAAGAAGCCCAAAACGUACCACUUCCACAUGUAAUAGGAGGAGAACUUCUAUCAUGUUGGGCAUGCCAUGGCUGGCUACAAGCAGUGUUAAGGUAAUGUAAUGUCAUGUCUCAUCAAUGUUUUGUGUCAUUGCUGACGCCUAGUAGUCAGGAUACUACAUUUAACUUGUAUUUCAAUAUUUUUGGACUAAUAAUAAGGCAUAGUCAGCCACGAAUCAGUGAUCGUUUUAAAUGGAUUCAUUUUUGAAACACUGCGAUAGAGUGAGGGAAAAAUGUUCGAACCGGGAUAUAGCAAGGGACAACUGUACAGUCAAACCUUACGGUUUUUGUACGCCCCAGUUUCUGUAUGGUUUGGACACAACAUUACACAGUGUUAUUAUUUACAGGUGUUUAUGUGUUAUUAUUAUUGUGCCUGCUGUGAGACCAUUCAAACCUGCAAUAAAAGCCUGUUGUUCCGGCGAUCAAGUCUGGCGCUUGUGUGUUUCACCUACUGACACCUGGUGACCAGCGGAGAAUACUGAAUAUCACAAUUUGAAUGCAUCUUCUGAAUGCCUUAUGUUUGUAUUUUAGUUCGUUUAGCCGUUUUUCUGCUUGAAAAUGCUUCAUUUAAGCAAAAAAAUGUAACAUUUGCUUAAAUAUGCAUACUUACAAUAGGCAGUAUUCAACCGCAAAACAGCAUCAUUCAUUCAUUCAUUAAUAUGUUUUUGAAAAACCGUGAGUGAAAUUCGAACCACGAUGUGGCGAGGGACGACUGUAGUCUCCAGUUUACCCGUGACCUUAAUGAGGACAAGUGGCAUAGAUGAUGGAUGGAUGGACAGUAGUAGUAGUAAUAGUCGUGGUAAUAGGGGCCACAUACUGGAAAGUCAAACGACGUUGGGGGGGCACUUUGAUAUGUAUAGAUAUAUAGAUAUAUUUUAUUUUGUAAAGAGGAAAACCAAAAAAAAAUUAUAUUUUUUUUCAAUAAUUUUAAAAAUAGUAGUAAUGGUAGUAAUAUUAGUAUUAUCAUUAAUACACAACAGAAUUUAAGAGUUUAACUAUUAAUAAUAUGAAAAUAGACAAGAACAGUUUCGUUGAAGGUUUCACAUAAUGGAUCUCAAAUACAAAAUAAGCUUUUACAGAAUGGAUUUGUAAUAUUGAAAAGUAAUUUAAGCACAAUUAAAUUUAAUGAUGAAAUGUAAUGAUUAAGUUCUCUCUUCCGACAGGUUCUAUGUAUAUGAAACAUGUUUGCAUAUGUCAGUUACAGUAAAUGCAUGUGAAAUGUAUUAUUUUUUUCUGCAUGUUGGACUAUGACAUACGACUGCCUUAUUAUCUCGAUCAGGAAGGACAAUUAUCAGGUUGGGUCAGUUUAUCAGCAUUAAUGUUGUAUUAUCUCAGUGACCAACUUUGUGUACAGUAUAUACAUUAUAUGUUAACAAUGGGAUGAUUUGCAAAGUAAAUAAAGAAUAUUUCAAAUGACUGCCAGCAUGUUUUGAUUUGAAAAGAAAAGCUCCGACGUGUAAGUGACAGGAAAGUGAUUCAAAAGAGGAUCGUUUUGCAUAGAGAAAGAGCUCCUCCGGCUUCUCUAAAUCUUCCUUCCGCGCUGCUGACGUGACCAACAGCACUUCAAGACGAAGGACGUGUUCUCUGGGUGCACGUUUGAUUGAUGCUCGACUCAAGAUCCGGCAUCUCAAGAUUUCUUGCAUGAUUACUGUGACAUGAAUUGAUGAGACGAUACGGGUGAUUUACAAAUAAAUUGAAUUAUUUCUCUUCAGGUUAAAAAAAAGGCUCAACGUUGUUUGUCAGUGUAGCUUUGUCCAUAAAAAGACUGUUUUGGUGUGUUUGUGUUCAUGUUUUCUUGCUGUCUUCCAAAGAAGAAGCGCAUUAGCUGAGGAGGCGCGAGGACAUGCACGGUGCUCUUAAAUCAGCAGUCCAACAUCAAGUGCUCCUUCACUGCUGCUUUCAUCUGAUUGCUUUUGUACGAGCUAAUCACUUCAGGACAUCAAACCUAUCUUCACCGUGAUACUGAAUUCUUUGAAUUGCUUCCCUGCUGUUACUCCUCAAACCAAAAUGGGAGCGAUUGUCUUGACCUGCAGGCAUGUUCAAACUUUCUCCACCGAGGGAAAAGUCAAAGAGUUUGAUAUUUUUAAUGUUGUAACCAAGCUAAAACCAAGCCAUGUAGA